UAAUCGGUUUGGUUUCUAUGUAUAAAUAUGUAGUAAAAAUGCAGGAUAUCAUCAGUUGCCUAUCUUCGACUCCAUGAAAAUGAAGUCUAUAUUCUUCAUCUUAUUCGCCAUUCUGGCGAUAGCUGUGCUUGCUACGGCUGAUAAGCAAGAAGAAGACAAGUCCGAGAAGUUUCCUCCUCUGGUUCGUGUGGCUCGCCAGAGGGGGUCCCAUCACCGCCCCCCGCAUCACCGGCCCCCGCACCACCGUCCCCAUGAUGGUGGCUAUGGCGGUGGAUAUGGAGGAUAUGGCGGUGGAUACGGCUUUUGAACCUACUAAACCCUCCACUUCGUAGUCAGUUGAUCAACCUCAUCUUUUCUCCCGCAUUUGCUGUAGGAAUAAAUAUUUUUAUAAACUGAACUCCCAUUUCUAUUGAAUUAUUCAUACAUAUCUAAAAAUAUGAAAAUCAUGUUAUAAUGUUGAUUAUUGUAUCAAUCAAUCCGUUCUAUUGUCAUAGAUCAUUAGGUACAAUGAUGUAAACAAUAAAUUGUUAUAUUGAUGAACUAUCCAUGUCAAUAAAGUAUACAGUUGUUUGCUCAAAAAAGUAUGUUUUUUAGGUUGUUAUUGGCGAAAAAAAUGAUAUUCCUUUGAACAAUAUCUAGGAAAAUAAGAAAAUAUGUUUGUUGAUUAAGAGAAUGUGUUCUCAUAUUAAUAUGCUAUUCAUUAAUCUAAUGAAUGCUUUGUGAUAAGUUUAAAAAAAAGAAAAGUGGUUAAAAAAUGAUUUCUUUCAACCAUGAAAUAAUAAACGCUGAUAAGGCGAGGACAUCGGACAUAAAUUGAAAUAAAUGGAAAAAUUCUGGAAAA